AAAGCAUCAAACCAAGCAAGUAAAAGUUGGAUGGUAUUACAAUUUGAGAAACAAUCUCAUAAAGAGGAUUACGAGGUUUAAUAAAUAUAUAGUAUAGAUUUUUGUUGUAUGAUAAAUCUUAAUUGAAUGAUGUAUCAUAUUAGGAACGGAAGAAUUGCUUUAAUUAAUGGAAAUCGAAAGUUAGUGAAUAAAUUUUAGAUGAAGUUUUCUAAUAAUUUCAACAAAUUGAAUUAUGAACUAUGGGGGAUUCAUUAAAUAGGUAUAAGGUACAAUGAGUUUAAGGAAUUUUGAUUCUGUUUAACAAGCGUUUGAAUCUCUUCCUAAGGCUACUAUUGAUAUAGUUAAAUGUAAUUUAAGUUUAAUGAUUAAUAGAAUAAUUCAAUGCAAAAGAUCACCCUGAUGUUAGAGCCGACAGAAAAAGAGAUGAUGAUGUGUUAUGUGAAUUUACUGAAUCUUUUUGAAUUACAUCAUAUUGUUUUUGUAAGAGUAUAAAAAGGCGGUGUUCAUUUCUAACUUUCGAAGAAUUUAUUGGGCAUCACAAUAAUUUAAAUGUGUUGAUUGAAAUGAUAUUCAAUUUGAAUAAUAUGUUUAAUCGGUGU